AAUGCAAAAUUGCUUCCUACGCCUCUGUAGUGCAGAGAUAUAAUUACUAAGUAGUCAUAUCAAUACGCAAAAGUCUAAAGAGUCUGCAUAAUGGCCUUCAACGCAAUUAAAAUUGAAACCCUAAUCCUAACACUAUGAUGGUAAAGCACCUCUAGAUAAACAAUUGUGGCUAGUGUUGUCAUGUGAUUAGUGUACGACACAACUGGAAGGUCAACACAAUGCUACGCCUCAGGCUAUAGGUUCAACAUGAAGGCUAACAUCGUACUACUUUGGAGUUUGGCAGUCUGUGUGUGUACAAGUUUCACAUCAGUAAGAACUGAUUUUGUACUGACAGUCAACUUGGUCAACUACACCAACCCAACCGGAUUGUAUGCUGAACGUUUAUUUCCACUGAGUAGUGUGAGAAGUGCUGACCAGUUAAUACCAGUGUGCUGCAAUGAUCGGCCAUUCAGAAACACCAACUGUAACAACACAGGAGAGGAGAGAUGUGACACCAGGUUCCGUUGGACCAUCAGACCAUUCGGUGCAUCACUAGAGACAAGACCUCUAAAUAAUCCUGUCAACCCUCCCUACUUCUUCACAGACUGUACAAUAUCCCCCAGCACUUGCCCAUUCAGUGAAAUGAGCACAACAUUCGGUCAAGGUCCAGCAGCACUGCUGGGAGUAACACCCAAUCCUCUACCUGUUUCAAAACCAGAUUUUCCUUUCUGGACAGGACAAAUUCAGUUCUUCAUUGAAGCCAUUGAUACUGGACUCCCAAACGUAAUAGACAGUCUGUUGAUUAACCUGGACAACCUCCAACUUGGAGCAGACUUCACAGAGGAGAUGACGUUCACUGGAUUCCACAACAUAUCUCACAUGACCAUGAGUUUCAGAGUCGAGUGCUCUCCUGGUUUCUGUGGACCUGACUGUACCACCACACCUCAGAAAAAUCCACAAGUGGCGACAUGUCAAGCUGAUGGCACUCUAACAUGUACUGAUAAUCGAUUAGACCCUUCACCUCUUGUAGCCUGCAGCGACUGCCUCUACAACCUGGAUAUUACCACUGGCUGCUCCACUUGCGUACAGACCAACUAUGACCCAACCACCAAUUGCACAGCCUGUCUUAAGUUUUAUGAUACACUAACAAACUGCACUCAAUGUCUACCCAACAGAGAUCCCUCUACCGACUGCACCCAGUGCCUACCCAACAGAGAUCCCUCUACCAACUGCACCCAGUGUCUACCCAACAGAGAUCCCUCUACCGACUGCACCCAGUGUCUACUCAACAGAGAUCCCUCUACCAACUGCACCCAGUGCCUACCCAACAGAGAUCCCUCUACCAACUGCACCCAGUGCCUACCCAAUAGAGAUCCCUCGACCGACUGCACCCAGUGCCUACCCAACAGAGAUUCCUCUACUGACUGCACCCAGUGUCUACCCAACAGAGAUCCCUCUACCAACUGCACCCAGUGUCUACCAGGCUGGGACAUCACCUCGGACUGCACUAGUUGUCUACCCAACAGAGACCCAGUUACCAACUGCUCCCUCUGCCUACAACCAGACAGGUUCACUGAUGCAGACUGCAGUGUGUGUGCUCUACCAGGAGGGGACCCAGCAACACUCUGUCAAACAUGCUUGGAUAACUUCAAUCCUACAUGCACUGAGUGUGUGGCUAACUACGAUCUGAACAUUAAAUGCUCAAGCUGCCUGUUAGGCUAUGAUAGUAACCGUGACUGUGCAGUGUGUUUAUCUGGACGAAACAUAUCCACAAGAUGUACGACCUGUCUGUCUGGAUUCACUGGCAGUAACUGUGAACCUGACUCUUCACUAAGUGUGGGAUUGGUGGGUGGUAUCGCUGGAGUUUUGCUGCUCAUCAUUCUAGUAAUGGCCGUGCUCCUCAUCCUACUUACAGUCCGUAUCAGAAAGAGUGGUAACCAAGACAUCAGUACUGCCACUACUACAGAUAAGGAAGUUACAGGAGUCAUGGAAAUGAACCACACCCACCAGCACGAGCCUGUGGACACACCCAUUGAAAUGAAUCAGAACCCUGUGUACAGUGCAACCAAUGCUACUAAUAUUGAAGCUGACUACUAUGAGAACGAUGGUCUGGGCCCAACAAGAAAAAAGAAGCAAACGGAAUACGAUUAUAUUCAAGUGUAAACUACGUACAUCAAACAACUUAUAGCUAUACACAGACAAACUAAUGAAUGGUUCUAAUAAAUUGUUUUCGGGCAUUUAGUCAAAAUAAAUGUAGAUAUUAGUGUGUGUGCAUGUGCGUGUGUGUGUGUGUGUGUGUGUGAUACGUAGUUGAUUCAUUUCUGACUAUUCAAAAAUGACACUUUGAUGAUGUAACAAUUGCUCAUAUUACGCUAUCAGUAA